UACAUCGAACGAGUAGAACAAUCGAUUGAGAACCGUCGACGUCCUUCGAGACAUCCGACCCCACGGAUGUGCAAUAAUUUAUCGAGUAAUUUAAAUCGACGCCAACUUAUAAAUACAAACACAUUCGUCCUCUGUUCAUCGUUCCUCUUUCUUUCGAGAGAAUGAUCCUGAUCCUCGUUCGGCCGUUUGGAAGAGAGAAAAAGCUUCUCAAGAUUUAAGAAGAGGAAUCGAUCAGUGCUCGUUCGAAAGGAAGGAGGACAAUGGACAGCUUCGAUGAAUCGUUCGUCGAGUGUUCUAAUUUUCGUAAAUGGUACUUCCGGUAAGAAUCGAAUUAUAAAAUAUUAUAAAAAUUCAUCUUCGAGAAGAGAAAUCUUAAACGUUCCUUCUUUAUAUAUUGUGCAAUACAUAUUGUUUGCAUCGUAGUUAAGUUAAAUUAAGAAACUUUUAUCACCAACCUCCUCGAGUUUCUUAAUGGCUCUAAUUCAAUGUCCAAUCAACCGUUCACCAAAUACUCGCCAUGUAUUAGCACGUAUCGCGUUUACUCUGGAUUAAUCAUACAUCUAUUUAUUAUCCCUAAUAAUCGUAGAAUCUAAUUGAUAAAUUUGAUCGAAUCAUAACUACCCAAACAUCUUCGGAUCGUUUACGAAUUCUUCCUCCCCUAAUAUUUCGUUAAACAGUGUAAUAAUAUUUUAUCGAAAUAUAUGUAUCGUCGACGAAAAAUAUGGAGAAUGAAGAAGGAGGCAGGAAAAAAAAGAUUACGAAUUCGUUGUUUGCUCGAUUAACCAAUUUACCCAACUUAUUUGUCCCCGCCGUUUAUUUGAACACGUUUCGUAAUGCGAAAUUACGUUUCCAAUUUCCGCUAUCCCGUACGGGUUUGAUAUUUUUGGACCGAGUUUUCUCGUGUUCGAGUGGGGUCUUCGUUGAUUUUCCCUGGCCUAUAAAAGAAGCGCGUUUCCUUCAGUUGGACGAAUCGUUACUUACGGAACGAGUGAAAAAAUAUUCCAUUUUUAAUCGCAUGUUAUGAUUAUUAAUGAAGAUUUAGAUUGAAAUAAUUGCUGGAGGAGAGAAGAAAAAAAAACAAUUGCCAAAUUGCAAGUUGUCGAAAAAUCGAAAUCUCGCUUCCAAGCAUGGUUGUGCCCUGCGUGAAGGUGGAUCAAGCGUACGAUGAGACGGAGAUAGUGCCGAUGAAUUAUUUCAACGAUUCUCAGUAUUAUUCGCUUAGAACGAAAAUCGUGUACUCGAUCUGGUUGGAGAGGAAUAGCGAAAGUUCGAAACAGACACUGGCGCGUUUUCUUAGUACUAGAGAUCAAGAUCAGGCGACGAAUGCGGAAGAUGUCCUCUUUGAUAUGUUUAAAAACGAAGAUACCGGUCUUCUAGCAGUGGGCAAAUUUUUGGCUGCCCUGAGGACUACCGGUUUGCGAAACGACGAUCCUAGACUUCAAGAAUUCACGGAUAACUUAAGGAAGGAACACUUGAAGACCGGAGGUCACGAAGGUGUAUCUCACGAGACGCAAAAAUUGAGCAGAGAUCAGUUUAGAAGAAUUAUAAAUCCGAACAUAGUGCUGAUCUCGCGGGCGUUCAGACACCAAUUCAUUAUACCCGAUUGGUCGGGUUUCACCAAGCACAUAGAGGACUUCUAUUGGAAAUGCAAGUCGAACUCGGAGGGCAAGGUCGCCUCUUAUAUACCACAGCUGGCAAGGAUGAAUCCGGAUUACUGGGGCGUUUCCGUCUGCACGAUCGAUGGGCAGAGAUUCAGCAUCGGUGACACAUCGAUCCCGUUUACCUUGCAGAGUUGCAGCAAGCCUCUGACUUACGCGAUCGCUUUGGACAGGCUGGGACAGGAAGUGGUACAUCAAUAUGUCGGCCAAGAACCGUCCGGACGCAACUUCAACGAGCUGGUGUUGGAUUACAACAAGAAACCCCAUAAUCCCAUGAUCAACGCUGGCGCAAUCCUAGUCUGUUCUCUCUUGAAGUCUCUGAUCAAGCCUGAAAUGACUUUAGCCGAAAAAUUCGACUUCACGAUGAAUUAUUUUAAGAGGUUAGCAGGUGGGGAGAACAUGGGCUUCAACAACGCUGUAUUUUUGUCGGAACGAGAAGCGGCUGACAGAAAUUACGCGCUUGGAUUUUACAUGAGGGAGUACAAUUGUUAUCCCGAUAAAUCGAAUUUGAGAGAAAUCAUGGAUUUCUAUUUCCAGUGCUGCUCCAUGGAGGCUAAUUGCGACACGAUGGCAGUAAUGGCAGCCACUUUAGCUAACGGUGGCAUUUGUCCCAUAACCGAAGAAAAAGUUCUAAAACCUGACAGCGUUCGAGAUGUUUUAAGUUUGAUGCACAGCUGCGGAAUGUACGAUUAUAGCGGCCAAUUUGCAUUCAAGGUUGGUAUCCCAGCGAAGUCAGGAGUGUCGGGAAGUCUUCUGGUAGUGAUACCAAACGUGAUGGGCAUUUGCACAUGGUCACCACCAUUGGAUCCCCUUGGAAAUUCCUGCAGAGGUGUCCAAUUUUGCGAGGAACUCGUCUCCGAGUUUAAUUUUCAUAGGUACGACAAUUUGAAGCAUGCGACUAAUAAAAAGGAUCCGAGAAGGCACAAAUACGAGACCAAAGGGCUGUCGAUCGUUAAUCUUUUGUUCAGCGCGGCCAGUGGCGAUGUCACAGCGAUGAGAAGGCAUCGAUUGAGCGGUAUGGAUAUGACAUUGUCGGAUUACGAUGGUAGGACAGCUUUGCAUUUAGCUGCCAGUGAGGGACAUUUAGAUUGUGUCGAAUUUCUUAUCGAGCAGUGUGCAGUUCCUCACGAUCCUAAGGACAGGUGGGGAAAGAGGCCGAUCGAUGAAGCAGAAACAUUUGGACACAUGCAAGUAGUAGAAUAUCUGAAUAAUUAUGCUUUGGCCCGAAAAACUGAAAUGGAAAAUGAAGAAAAGGAGAAUAACAAUAAUGAUGAAAGGAAUUCCCGAACAGUCGCGGAAUCUGCAAUUCAAACGCCAUUACCAUAAGAUUAUUGCGGCAUUAGAUAGGAUAUUUAUUUUUGAGAAGAUACACGGUACGAUGAUUGAUUGAACAGAAAUGGAACGCGUGAUAUAAUUAUAACAAAAAAAAAAAAAAAAAGGACGGAGAGGUCUCGAGAUCACGGUGAAUCGACUAUUUUCUUACAAAUAGCAUAUCUUAUGGCUGAUUUAAUUCAUUUUUACAAUUAGAAGAAUCGAUUUGCAAUUUAGAAACAAUUUUCUAUGAGUCUGUUAGCUCUAGACACUUUAAAUUAUAUCAGAUGUGUAAAUUAAUAAAAAUUUAAUUUAUAUAUUAUAUUUAUAUAUUAAUUUCAAAGAAAUAUAAUUUUUUGGAAAUAACAUUUUCAAAUUUAUUUACACAUCUGAUAUUUGUAGACGUUUCUUUUGUGUGUGUAUGUGUGUAUGUCUUAAUUCUUCUAUUUUUUUUUUUUUGGUAAUGUAUGUGUGUGCAUGGAUUUUAAAAAAUGUACAUCAAUAAUUUGUUCUAAUAUUUUAGUUAUUAUUCUUUUCUUUUUUAAUUUUUUUUAUUUAUUUUUUUUUUAUUACUAGAAAAGAACAUGAUAUUAAAAAAUCUUUAACAUUACAAAAUUUAUUCUUUUACGAAAUAGGAAGGAUUUAAGUGAAAAAUGGCCAAGUAUUUACAUUCAGGGUAAUUUUACAUGAUUUAGUUCGUACUUAUGAUAAGAUAUACUUCAUUGUUUUUUUUUGUAAUGUACUUACACGUAGGUGCUAUGCGCUUAGAUACCAAUUUAGAUUCUGAAUGAUUGAACGGAGAAGGAUAAUUUGUUUAAUUAUUUUCCAGUGUUCUUUCGUUUAUAUAAUACUCGUUCCUACGUAUAUCCGUGAUAGAAGAAUUUGCGAUAUUACGAAUUCUUAAUUUGUAUAUUUUAUUUUCAUAAAAUUUUGUUAAAAUAUGAAGACCACGUAUAAUUUGAUAUUAAAUAGAUCUUUGGCAAAAUUUUAAAAAUAUUGAUUAUCAUAACGUUAUUUAUUCACUUAUUUUUUUUAUAUACUUCAUUUACUUUUCAAAUUAUUUAUUUUUAUUUGAAAAUUAUUGAAUUGUUUCUCGUUAACUAGUAAAUCAAAUAAUAAAAAUCAAAAACUGAUUUAUAUCUUUCUUAUGUGGUCUUCAAUGAUUUAGCGUAUUUUGAAGCAACCGGAACUGUGAUUCUCCGUGUCCUGUGCAUAAAAUCCAUUCAUUAGUCAAUGAAACAGAAAUCGCGAUCUUUAAUAGAUAAAAAAAAAAAAUCGGAAAUGAUUUCUGUUUCUUGUAUCAAUGUGCUUUUUAAUCUUCUUCAAUCCUUUAUUUAGAGAGAUAAAUCUUAUAAAUUAUGCUAUUUAAUAACUUUUAAUCUUAAUCUUAAAGGAGAUUGAUUUUUUUUAUAAAUUAUCUGCUUCAUAAAUUAAUUAAAUUUUGAAUAUUGCCGAAUAAGAAAUUCGUGUCAAUAUCACAUUUCGUCAAUUACCUCGAAAUUUGCCUUAAAGUCGAUGAAAAAAUUGUAAUUAUACAAAGUAUAUAGCAGAAAACUUUCCAAACUUUAUUUCGUAUUCUCUUUAUUCCUAUUUUUUAUGCUAAAAUAUAUUCUGAGCGAAAAAAUAUAUAUAUAUAUAUCAAAAUUGUAAAGACAGGAAUAAUUUUUGUGAAUUUUAGAAAGCAGAAUUUAUGUUUCAUCAAAAGGGAAUUUUUAUAGUAUUAACGAUUUUCUAGUUAAUAUCAUUUUGAAUACGUAUAUAAAUUCCUGCCAAAUAGGAUUGUUUAAAAUCUUAAAUUAAAAUUCUCGGUUCUUCUAUAUUUUUUAUUUGAUCUUGUUUUCAAUUUGGAAUAUUCAAUUUUCAGUAUAUGUAACAUAUCAAUAUUUUGCAUCUAAUUAAUAAAAAAUAUUUGAAACCACAAAUGUUAAAACUUGCACAUAAGUAAACAUUCGUCUUAAAAAAAAAUAAAAAUUUUCUUUUAAUCUAUUUGGAAUUGGUAAAAAUUCACAAAUGCUAAAAAAAAUUAGAUUAGCAUAAAUACAUCUAAUGAAUAUAAUAAAUUAAUAAUAAGAAUUAGGAGAAAAAGAUUAAGAUGAAUUUAUUUAAUGAAUAAAAAUGAAAAAAAAACAAUUAAUAUUUAGAAGAAUCAUAGAUAUUUCAAAAAUUUCAUCUUCAUGAAAAUGUCAAUCAAAAUUUAAAUUUUCCGUCAUUUGAAUGUUUCGAAACGUCCAACUAAAUAAUCUUAUUUCAAAUAUCUGAUAUGUAUCAGAAUAUUCUUCCAAUGAACUAAAGACAAUAAAGAUAUACUAUGAUACAGAAAAAAUAUUUAUGAUGGCUUUUAAUUAACGAAUUUAUUUUUACCAGACUAUAAUAUAAGUUAAAAAUCAGCAAAUUAUAAUACAUACUUUUUCAUAUUUUAUGAAUUUUCGAUUGUAGUUCAGAUAAAAAUAGACAAUAAUUUUUAUCAACGUAACAUUUAUUAGCACUUGAUCGAAUUAUAUUUUAUAAUCUUAUUUUUACAACAAUAUAAACGAGAAAUAUAAAUUGUUUGUGUUGUUUAUAGAAAUAUUUUAUGUUGUAUUGAUUUAUAAUCUAUGUUAUCUAUAUGAUUGAUUAAAAAAUGUUGGAAGAAAUAUUUUAGAAAUAACUCGUACAUUUCCAUAAUUGUAAAUUACUUGAGAAGUAAAUAUUUCAAGAAAGUA